GUGUCCAUCGGCCAGUAAACAUUCGCUGAGUAGGCUACGUUCGGUUUUUUCACCGUCGUGAUGGAUUCGAACAAGGACGAAGCAGAGCGGUGUAUACUAAUAUCAAUCCAGGCACUUGAGAAUAAUGAUUCAGAUAAGGCUCGGAGGUUUCUUGAAAAGGCUCAAAGACUGUUUCCAACGAGCAAAGCUCAAUCCUUACUAGACUCCAUCGAACAGAAUGGGAGUAGUCAUCACACGCAAGAGAACUGCAAUGGGGCCAGUGGCAGUAAUGGUGAUGCUGGUGUGAGACACCGAAGCCAUGCAGCAGAGGCGGGCACUUCAAGCGAGAGUGCCACCGACUCAGCCAAACCUUAUACGUCAGAACAGCUUGAUGCUGUCAAAAGAAUAAAGAGUUGUAAAAACUACUACGAGACACUUGGAGUGACUAAGGAAGCUACAGAAGACGAUCUGAAAAAGUCGUACAGAAAACUCGCUUUGAAAUUCCACCCUGACAAAAAUCACGCCCCUGGUGCCACGGAGGCUUUCAAAGCCAUUGGGAAUGCCUAUGCGGUUCUCAGCAACGCAGAGAAAAGGAAGCAGUACGACCUGUAUGGAGAGGAGAAAGCACACACAUCAUCAAGACAUGGGCACGGACAUGGGCACCACCACCACUUUGAGGCAGACAUCUCUCCAGAAGACCUUUUCAACAUGUUCUUUGGAGGUGGCUUUCCUUCAAGUAAUGUUCAUGUCUUUAGCAAUGGAAGGAUGCGUAAUGGUCAUUACAGGGGAGAACGCAGGGAAAACCAGAGAGAGGGAGGCCUGGCUCUGUUUGUCCAGCUGAUGCCUCUCCUCAUCCUCAUCAUCGUCUCCACUCUCAGCCAGAUGAUGGUGUCAGAUCCUCCCUACAGCCUCAGCCACCGCCCGUCUGUGGGUCACGUGAACAGGAGAUACACAGACCAUCUGCAGGUGCCUUACUUUGUGAAUGACCGCUUUACAGAGGAGUACUCCGGAUCAAACCUGAAGACUGUUGAGAGGAAUGUUGAGGAUGAUUACAUCUCAAACCUAAGAAAUAACUGCUGGAAGGAGAAACAGCACAAGGAGGGCCUUCUUUACAGAGCACGCUACUUUUCAGACUCGGAGCUGUACCAGAGGGCCCAGAAGAUGGCCACCCCCAGCUGUUCAAAACUCUCAGACAUCCAGGUGAUGCUACACGGAUAGAAGCAGGCAAGAGAAAUACAGGUUGAUUCCAUUUUCCAAGAUCUGUGUAGGCCGAAUCAAGGCAGCAACAUGGUGGUAUGAGGAUCCCACUGUAAGAAGUUCAAGCAGUCCACAGAAACCAUUCACUUCAGGGUAACGCUCAUGAGACAGUGAGCACCGUCAAGCCUGGCUUUAAUCUGAUAAGCUGUGAGGGUAGCAGUCAAAUUCAGACAUGGAAUAGAAAAAGAAAAACGCAAAGAAAAACAAAAAACGGAUAAACUGUGGUGGGAGGAAUCUGAAAUAGAGGGAUGGAUCUCUCAUUUGAGAUGGUAAACAAAGGCUGCUAAAGUGAAUGCUACCAUUCCUCCCUCGAAAAAUGUAGAACACUUCCUUCAGUACCACAAUGCCUUCUUGGACAGGGGAGCCAAUCCACACGGUAUGAUUUUUUUUUUUUAACAGAACUUCUAUCUAUGUGCACAGUGUCUGGACUUGGCAGAAGCAACCGAGAUUAAAUUAUAUAAAAUGUGUAAUUUCUUUGUUAAAACUGUUCCCCUUCUUGGUUGUAGCUAGCUUAUAGCUGACUUUUGAAAGGACUGCUGAAAUGAGUCUGUAUUUAUUAAAAUUUAAAAAUCAUCUUAAUUUUGUGUUUUUUAGUUCAGUCUGAAUUGAGUUUCAUGAGUAUAAUCAUGUGAUGCCAAUCCAUGAGGAAUUCUGCACAAAAGUUUGCUUGAAGAAAAAAAAGAUGCAUUUUCUAAAAUACAUUUUUGUAUUAAUGACAUUGAUUUUUUCAUUACUUUUACAUGUAUAGUUUAGCAUAGCCAGCUCUUGGCAAAUAAAGAUAAUAUGUGAAGAAUGUGUCCAAUA